UAAAAAAUCUCGUUUCCACGUAGGGUUUAUUUUUAUGGAACACCAGCUAUGGCUGUCAACCUGUCGACAGCAAAACUUAGGUAAAACCGUAUGUUUUUUGAGGGCUUUUUCCUGCGUUUUACGAAGCCGCCAAGAAAUCAGUAUAGACAAGGGAUCUGCUACUUGUGUCUGUGAUGGGCUCUCCUCUCUAAGUAAAUGCGAUGUCGGAUAAACGUCAGCGUGCCAGAAUCCAGGGCUCCUGGGCCAAACAGCUGCCAAAACAACCAAGACCAACAGGAAUAAUGCCUAACAACCCACAACCAAAUGCUGCCAACCCAGCCCCCGGAUCUUGGGGAUUUGGGCCACAGCGGACAUUUGAGUUUCACAAGCCCACCAAGUCAAUAAGAGACGUCCCACCAGAGAAGGUGAUAGAGCAGGCAGGUGACCAUGAGAUCAGCCACGGACCAUCAGGAGUGUCCAGACUGCGGCUGCUUCCUGGCUUCCUUCCCCCAGAGGAGGCAGACUGGAUGUUCAGUAAGCUGCUAGCAGAGCUGCCGUGGUCCCAGAAGACCAACUAUAGACAAGGUGAGACGUACGAGGAGCCCAGGCUGACCUGCUGGUAUGGAGAGUUGCCUUACACGUAUGCUCGAUCCACCAUGGAAGCCAACACACAGUGGCACCCGUUGCUGUUGACCCUUUGCGAGGCAGUGCAGCGGGCGAGUGGACAUAGAUUCAAUUCCCUUCUGUGCAACCUGUACCGGGACGGCCAUGACAGCAUCGGCUGGCACAGUGAUGAUGAGGCCUCCCUGGGUGCCAAGCCCACCAUCGCCUCCCUCAGUCUGGGUGACACCAGGGUGUUUAGCCUCCGCAAGCACCCUCCACUGGAAGAGAAUGGCGAUUACACCUAUGUAGAGAGGAUUCGGGUUCCUCUGAGUCAUGGAACACUGCUGCUGAUGGAAGGAGCCACGCAGGAUGACUGGCAGCAUCAGGUGGCUAAAGAGUAUCACGAUCGGGGUCCUCGCAUCAACCUGACCUUCAGAACCAUCUACGAGGAGCCUGAGGGCCACAGGCCAGGCACUAAGCUACGCUUCACGGCCAAGCAGCCAUGAAAUCCCCCCAGGUCAGCUGCUUUUAAGGCUGAAGGAACUCUUCAGAAGGAGAUGCUGCUAGAUGUUGGAAGUCAUGUUGAAAUCUGGCCUGGAUGAGCCCCAACAUCCUCCUCAGUGGACUUGAGAGCAAAUCAUUUGAUUACAAGGCAGAGUAGGAGUAACAGCUAAGUACUCACAACUUGAACAUUUUUUGGCUCCAGAAACAUCAGCCCUGCCUAUUUGUACAACUGUUUACAUGAAGUUGUUAUAGCACGCGUUGUUUAUUUAGUUCAAUCAAUUGUGCAUUGUUUUACACAAUAAGUAAAAAACUUUGAUUAAAAUGUCAGUUGACUCAGAGCUACAU